AUGUCGAAUACAGGUUCAGAAACCAGCUCCGAACCCCGGCAAAAGUACCACCCGUUCCAGCUAGGCCCGAGCGAGGAUCUAGAAUGGUAUGAGCCAGGAGGGUUCCACCCGGUCCACCUUCAGGACGUGUAUGAUCGGAGAUACUCGGUUGUCCACAAACUUGGAUUCGGUGGCUUCUCGACGGUGUGGCUCGCACGCGACUCCGUGGAGAUGCAAUGGGUUGCGCUCAAGAUCCUGGCCGCCGAAAACCUCAACAACAAGCACCGCGCGACCAAGCGUCUUAGAGGACGACGACAUUAA